UGGAAACCAAGCCUUAAAUAAACCCAAACAAUGGAAGGAUUAACCAGAAAAAAUAAGUGAGUUGGCCAUUGGAAAUAAAAUGGUAUAAAAGUAAACAGAAAUGUACUGUUUGUCAUCAGAAACCAGCAGCAAAGCAAACAGUAAACCAUCAAAAUGAUAUCACAGUUUACUUCCAAACUGUUAGUUUCUACAAUUUUCCUAAUCCAUUGUUCAACAGCCAGUGAAAUUCAGAAAAAUGUUGAUCUACCAUCUCAAGUGAUUACUCCAGUACCAACCUCGGAUACGCUUGUGCUUCCCCAAUCUCUACCUCAGCCGACUGGACCGCCAGAUAUUAAACAGCAACCUCAACAUGUAACAACAAGUGAUUUGAAUCCAUCUAAAAGUAAAACUAAACGUUCUUAUGGCCCAAAAGGAUAUGAUGAAAAUGAUAACCAUUACCGUGAGAUUGGCAACGAUCUGAUUGAAGAAGAUUUACAUGUUAAACAUGAAUCCGAUUCAGGACGUUCCAAUGGUAUUAUGAAAGGUUCUCUUCUUGAUAAAGGGAAAGUUGGAUUAGCUAAAGCAGAUAAAUCUAAACAUGAUCUAGAUCAGGCUUCUGGAAUCGCUCAUUUAGAUCAAAAGAUUCACAAGGAUCAUGAUAAAUAUGUGAAAAAAUCAUGGAAUCGUGGUGAUGGUUUUGUCAAACGCUGGAGCUGGGAUCAAGGAACUCAUCUUGAAAAAGAAAAGGACGAAGGUGACAAGAAGCACACCGAGCAACAUGGGAAAAAAGUCCACCAUGAACACCAUGAAGUUGACAAAGCAGCUGUAAAGGAAGUGGCGAAACAAAACGGAGAUCAUAAAAUGGCUCAUGAUUCAGGAUCAUCUCACCAAAAUGGUAAUCGAAAGGAUUCCGGAUUCUUUCUAGAAGAUUAUAACUUUAAAGAAAACCAUCGCAAACAGAGCGAAAAACGAAAGCGAAAAGAAAAGCAACCUAAAAAGUACAGGGAACAGAAUUAUGAUGAAGAUGAAGAAAAAUUCCAAACUCCUUACGAUUUUGCCAUGCAAGGUUUUAAGGUAGGCAAAUCUGGUCCCCCAAGAGAUCAUUAUGGAGGCAAAAGAAAUCAACGCUAUCGACCUGCUCGUCAACCUAGAAGACCCCCAAGUGGAGGUCCUCCUCCACCUCCUCCUCCACCACCACCACCACCGCCACCAUCGGAUUCUCGAUUGGAAGAUUCUUACGAUAGAACAUUUGACAGUGUCAGUUCACCUGGAAGAAAAAACGAUGAAAGAAAUUAUGACGAUGACAAUUCUCAUGGCCCUGACCCAUCCUAUUUUACACCACAUAAUGAUCAUCAUGACGAUAUGCCACAAAAUUUAGGAUACAUUCCCGAUAAGCACAGAGAAGACGAACCAAUCAUGAAAACUGAACAUCGAAAGCCGUUUUACUCAUCAAAAGAUCCAAUAGUUCAUCGUCGCCAUCAAUCUAAGCCAACAAAGAGUUACAAUCAGCGAGAAUCAUUGAGUAAUAAUUGGCGUUCAGUUAGUAGAGAAGACCAGGAACCUAAAAAACGACCUUACCGACGUGAAAAGAUUGUCAAGUAUGUAGACGAGUAUGACAAUAAUCUUCAUCCACACAUGGAACCACCGAAAGCUCCUAAAUACACCGACUAUCCUUACCCAGCUGAAGAUGAACCCAAACCUGACAAGAAAAUUGGACAAAGGAAAUUAGGAAAGAAGACUUCUCACACUCAUCGACAUCAUCGAAUGCACAGACAAUAUUAUGUAGAUGAUUCUAAUCGAUCUCCGUCCAUCGACUCAACCCAACAUCACCUAGAAUCACGUAACCAUUUAUCAGUUCAUAAAAACAUCACCGAUGGAUCAUCUUUGCUCAAUCAAAUAUCACCACAACAGUUCCAAACUAUUCUUGAUAAUGAAUUCAGUAGGACCGGUUAUUUAGGAAUGGGCCAUAUUUUCGGAUAUGCAAGUGAAAUUCCACCGAUUCGAAAAUUCAUGCCUGAAAAAUAAUUCAUCAAUGCUAUCCACUUCCCUAAUUUAAUUAUGAACCCAAAAUAAUUUAUCGUCAUUAUUUCUUGUUAAUUGUAGCUUCGUCUUAAUAUUAUUGUGUAAUUUAACAAUGUAAAGCAAAUUGUAAAUAAUCAUCGAUAUCAAAUUUAAUUUAAUUUUAUGCAUU